AUGGUUCGCCUGCUGGGCCGAACCGCACUGGCAGUCCACGGUGGUUGCGCCGGUCUGCCACGGAAGUCCGGCGUGCAGCCAAGCCGUGCGCGUGAUGUUGUUGGACUGAGCGCCGGCCUGGGUGACGCAGCCGCCGAUCACCUGCUCGAUCAGCAACGGGUCGAUUCCCCGACCGGUCGAGAACGCCCCUUUGUGCCGCUCCGAGGAUCUCGGCGGCGUGCAGACCGGCGAGCCAACCUCCGCGCUUGCCGAUCGGUGUACGGACAGCCUCGACGAUUACUGGGCAGGAGACAUCAGUGGCACAGCCUGCAUUCCCCCGAGGGAAUCGACUUCACGGACCCCGACAUCUACGCGGAACGCAUGCCGUUCGAGUUCGCCGAACUCCGGAAGACGGCCCCCGAUGGUGGAAUCCGCAGCCCCGGAAAUCGAGGUCAAGGAAGUCUCGCAGCGAAGCGACAUCUUCUCGACCCACGAGAACACUGCGAUUCCUCGCUUCGCCGACGACAUCCGCGCGAGAACGUCGAGAUGCAGCGAUUCAUCCUCAUCAACAAGGACGCUCCGGAGCACACCAAGCUGCAAGCUGGUUUCACGCGUGGAUUCACCCGCAGGAGCCAUCAGCAGCCUGCGCGAAGAGGACGACCGAGCGCGCCGAAAAGAUCGUCAAGACUGCGGCUGCCGGUGGUGCCGGAGACUUCGUGGUUCGGAGUCGCGUCCGAACUUCCGCUGCAGGCAAUCGCCGAGCUUCUCGGUGUGCCUGCAGGAAGAUCGAAUGAAGCUCUUCGACUGGUCAACCAGAUGACGUCCUACGACGAUCCUGAGUUCGACAUCGACCCGCAGGCAGCGUCGAUGGAGUAUUCUGGAGAAUACGCGUGUACCAGAUGGCGGAUCAGCGCAAGAAGUGUCCCGCCGAUGACAUCGUCACCAAGCUCAUCGAAGCUGACAUCGACGGAAAUGAGCUCUCCCCCAGAGGAAAUUCGGCUUCUUCGUGAUUCUGCUUGCGUUGCCUUCCUCGACAAUCCCGACCAGUGGGAGCUGUACAAGAAGGAACGCCCGGGCCACCGCCUGGCCGACGAGAUCGUUCGUUGGGCCGCCUCGGUGACCUCUUUCAGCGGCGCACCGCGCUCGAAGACACUGAACUCGGGGACAGAAGAUCAAGAAGAGGGCGAUCGCGUCGUGAUGAUGUACGCGUCGGCCAACUUCGGCGAAGACGUCUUCGAGAACCCCACGAAGUUCGACAUCAUGCGUGGCCUGAAUCCGCACCUCGGAUUCGGCGGCACGGGUGCGCACUUCUGCAUCGGCGCCAACUUAGCUCGUCUCGAAAUCGAUCUGAUCUUCCAACGCGAUCGCCGAUCACCUACCCCGACAUCACCAGGCUCCGGCGAUCCCCCGUCGCCUGCGCGCUCGGGCUGGCUCAGCGGCAUCAAAGAGUUUCAGGUUGAUUACAAGACAUCGGGCUGCCCGGUCAAACGC